AUGCUUAUCAACGGUGAGAAAUGGGCCUGUGAGACGUGUAUUAAAGGUCAUAGAGCUACUCACUGCAAACACACAGAUCGCAAACUGAUCUUUAUAAAAAGAAAAGGAAGGCCUUCAACUCAGUGUAGUCGUUGUAGAGAACUCAGAGUAGUUCGACAACUACACGUCAAGUGCGACUGUGAAAAGCAAGACUCCAAAGUGAAAAAAAAUUUAAAUGUGAAUGCUACUUCUAUUACCAUCAAGAAGAGACGAAAAUUAGAAGUAUUGCGACCUAUUGCACCUAAACAAGAAACUGAAUCCAUCAGUUGUUGUUCCAAGAAUUCAAUAUCAUCAUCUGUUCAACAUACACCCUCACCACCAGCAGUAGAUAUUUUACAACCAUCCAUAGCAUCACCGUUACCACUACAACUGUCUUCUUCACUCCCGUUACCAUCGCAACCAUCUUCGCCGUCUUGUUCUUCAGUACCAUCCCUACCGCAACAAACACCAUCCUGUUGUUCUCAAAAGACACCAGCGCCAGCACCAUCCUGUUGUUCUAAAAAACCAAGCAACCAAACAGCAGAAGAGGAAGUGGAAAAGAUUCAUGAAUUGGCUUUAAAGCCAGUGCCAUUACCAAAUAUACCACCACCUACUUCCUGCUGUGGACCCGCAUUGAAAAAUCAACAAGGGGAAACCAUUCGAGUCGUAACAUGUCGCUGUGGUGAUUCAUGUGCCUGUAUUGGUUGCGACGCACAUCCUUCGCGUGCCAUGAAGGAAGGUACAAAUGAUGUCUAUAUUGGGUUUGAUAGUAGAAAAAGACUAUCGAUAUCUUCUUUUUUAUCCCCAAGGCAAGAUCAAGUUCAACAAGAACCUUCUUCUAUCUUGUUAGAAAAUGGUAUUUCGCUCUGUGGAUGUGGGUGUUCAAAGACACUUGAAGAAUGCCCAGGUUGCUUUGAAGGCUUUUUGUGUUCUUCAAAUAAAUAA